UUUAAACCUUUAAAUGUCUUGCAGAACUUCGAAACAGCCGUACAGGAGAAUAUCACCAUUAACGGGCAGCCCUGGGAGGAGACUUCGGAUGACUCGGAACUGCAAAGCGGUUCGAACAUCAAAAUUCUUGAAGAUCAGUUUGAUGAACUUAUAGUAGAGACAACAACAAAGCGUAAGCAGUGGCCUAAAAAGAUACUGAUGCAUGCUAUCCAAACCAUGAAAGGGGAGCAAGAGAUGUUGAAGCUCUACCAGCCUGUCGUAACGCCAGAAGAGAUACGAUCACGACCUUCUCAAGAUGGUUACAUGGCAGAGCUGAAGCAGGUGGCAGAAACGGCAUCCAAACAGAUCAGCGGCCUAAUGAAGUCGCUCCCAGCACUAAUAGAAAGAGCGGAAGGUUUUUCCCAAGCAUUAACUUGGCAGCCAACCUUGGAACUCUGCAAGCUGCGGCAAGAAGUCUUUGCUGGUUGUAAGGCAAAGGAGGAAAAUAAUAUGCAAAACUUCAUAUCACCUGUAGAAGUCACACCAACAGACACUGAUGCCAGUAAAAAUAAUUACAUUUUCUUGAAAAGAAAGAGAGCUGCAGAUUCACCACAAGCAAGACGUUAUCCACUGCGCCGGAGGAAAAUUACUCUCAGCACAUGAAUUUCUCAUUUACUAUUUUCAGAUUUGAAACUCAGUUGUAUGCUUGUUCAGUGUGUUCAGUAUUUUUCUUAAACCUUCUUCUCCCCUCUCAUUCAGUGAUAUCCAUAAGAACUGUCUUAAUUAUUUAGUCUUUGAUCUUUUUAAAUAUUUCUCUUCUUACUAUUGCACUACUAGUAUAUGAAAGCCUAAACGUAUCAGUAGCACCUAUCCAGCAAGUAUAUUUACUGAUUAACUCUCACUUCUUGCUCUUUUAUUGCAGGACUCAGCGUGGGUCCUGAUGCUUCAAAGAGUUCUGCACAUGCUUCAUGUAUGUGGGCAGUCUUUUUGUAGCCCACUGACUGCUCAUUUACAUUAAGCAUGUGUCUAAAGAGGUUGGAGAGUAUCUAGUUCUCAGAAUACGCCUUCAUCUAUACUCAUUUGGGUGACUAUUUUCUUUAGUAAGUGAAUAAAAAAGAAUUUCACGCUGGAGCAUAUUAAAAACACUAUUUUAGUGUGCUGUUACAGUUUUAGAAAAUCCACAUGUAAGUGUAAAAUUGGUCCCUGCUAUUAGACCUUUCCUGAAUUUAGGUCAGCUGGACUUAUUUAUAGUCAUGUUUGUUUAAACUUGGAGUUUUUAUAAUUGUAUAUAUUUACAUACAUACAUAUAUGCUAUUCUGAACAAGGGUGGGCCAUACACAUCUCAUCAGAUGUUUUCGUUUCAUGUAAUCCAAGUAUGCCGUCUUGGGGGUUUCCUGGACAAUAUGCAUUACAGGAUAUUGACUUGGUUCAUGUAUGCAUUUGUGAUAUUUGACUAAACUUUUAAAAUCAGUGUAGAGUAACAGUAAAUAGUAUUAAGUUGAGCUAUCCUACCCUUUUUUUUUUUUACACAUUUGUACCUAAACAAUUGCACAGUAGUACUAAAUUCAGCAGCAUGCCUUAACCGUUCAUAACUUUUUCUAGCUUAUGAUUGCAUAUGCUUGCAGUAUAUACUCAUGUCUAAUGUGUGUUUACUCAGACAGCAAUUUGAGGUUUUUUGAGAAGCUUUUUUAAUGAAAUGUACUGAAGUAAGAAGGUGGUCCAACUUAAUAUUUACGAGACUGAAACUUUUCAAGAAAAUGUGUGACAAAUUUUACUAUCAUUAGAUUUGAAAAGCUGAGCAUCUGUACUGAGAUUUUGUAUAUUUAAUCACAUGUAAAUAUUUGUUUCCGAUCGCUUUUGUAUAUAUGAACUUAUGUUUUUAUACAAAGCAAAUUAAAUCAAUUAAGAAAG